ACUAAUUGUCAUAAUAAAAAUUCUUGUCAAAAAUUAUAUGAAAUUAAAUGAAACUCGUACACGUAUUAUAUACCCCCAUAACCAAAAAACGAAAUGAUUAUUGAAAUAAAAGAAGACCACCAAAUGGAGGAGUUAAUGACUCAAUACAAAUCUCAGGAUAUGUUAGUUGUUGUAGAAUUCUAUGCUAAUUGGUGCGCACCUUGUCGAAAUUUUGUUCCAGUAUUACACGAAACUGCUGAAAAACAUAAAGAAAUGCCUAUUCUGUUGGUCGAUGUGGAUACCUGUGAUGACAUUGCUCAUACUUAUCGAGUUAUGGCGACUCCAUAUUUUCUGUUUUACAAAAAAGGCGUGCUUGUAGACAAAUUUGCAGGUGCUAAUGUGAAAAAAUUUAAAUUUGUUUUAGAAGAACAUUUGCCCAUACCUAUACCAGACCCCAAUCCACAAAAAGAGGGGAAGAAAGAGGAAAAUUCGACUUCAAAAGAUGAAAAUAAUAAGCAGGGACGAAAAUCAUCUAAGGACGAAAGGGAAUCAAGGAAGAGCACUAAUUCAACUAAAAGUAAAUAACAAUUAUUCUUGACUACGUAAAGUCUUAUAUUGUAAGCUGUCAGUAAAAAAAUAUUGGCCAAUAAUAAUAUUUUUAAUAUUCCUCAUGUCUGUUUACUGUAUAGUGGAAUAUUUAUGUAGCUAUUCAACCGCAAAGGGCACACGACUGAUUGUUAUUAUUUAUUUCCAUUUAGUUAACAUUUUCUUUAAAAUAAAUUUAUAAAUAAUUCGUAAAUAAAAUAGCUUUUAACAAA